AUGGCCGUGUCGUCGCCCUCUGUCGCGGUGACCGUCGCCGGCGACACGGCCGACGCGGACCAAGCCCGGCUGCACCAGCUUGGAUACAAGCAGGAGCUGAAGCGCGGCCUCAGCGUGGUGUCCAACUUCGCCUUCUCCUUCUCCAUCAUCUCCGUGCUGACGGGCGUCACCUCCACGUACAACACGGGGCUCCGCUACGGCGGCCCGGCGUCCAUGACGCUCGGGUGGCUGGUGGUGGCCUCCUUCAACGGCUGCGUUGCGCUGUCCAUGGCAGAGAUCUGCUCCGCCUACCCGACCUCCGGCGGGCUCUACUACUGGAGCGCCAAGCUCGCCGGCAAGAAGUGGGCGCCUCUGGCAUCCUGGGUCACCGGCUGGUUUAACAUUGUUGGACAGUGGGCCACAACUACGAGCGUCGACUUCUCGUUGGCGCAGCUCAUUCAGGUGAUCAUCUUGCUGGCCACGGGCGGCGCCAACGGCGGCGGCUACGUAGCUUCCAAGUAUGUCAUCUUGGCCAUAUACGGGGUCAUCCUGCUGCUCCAUGGCCUCAUCAACAGCCUCCCCAUCCACUGGCUUUCCUGGUUCGGGCAACUAGGCGUUUUCUGGAAUGUUGCAGGUGUGUUUGUGCUGGUAAUCUUGAUUCCAUCUGUUGCCAAGGAAAGGGCAAGCACCAAGUUCAUCUUUACGCACUUCCACACGGACAAUGGCGUGGGGAUCCAUAGCAAGCCUUAUAUUCUAGCCGUGGGGCUGCUGAUGAGCCAGUACUCCAUGAUCGGCUAUGAUACAUCUGCUCACAUGACCGAAGAAACAAAGAACGCGGACAAGAGUGGACCGAUCGGGCUCAUCGCCGCGGUGGCUCUUUCGUCGAUCUUCGGGUGGAUUUACCUAGUGGCGCUAACAUCCAUCGUGACGGACAUAGCAUACCUCCUGAGCACUGACAAUGACGCCGGCGGGUACGCCAUAGCCCAGGCUCUCUACUCCACAUUCCACUCCAGAUAUGGCAGCGGCAUUGGUGGGCUUGUAUGCCUCGGCGUUAUCGCUGUUGCCAUAUUCCUAUGCGGUGUCGCCUGCAUCACCAGCAACUCAAGGAUGGGGUAUGCCUUCUCCAGGGACGGAGCCAUGCCUUACUCCCAUGUGUGGUACCGGGUGAGCAAGCAUGAGGUGCCUUUAAAUGUUGUAUGGCUCUCUGUAUUCGUAGCCUUCGCCAUGGCCCUCACGUCAUUGGGGAGCCAGGUGGCGUUCCAGGCGAUGGUGUCCAUCGCUACACUGGGGCUGUACAUCUCCUAUGCGCUGCCCAUCUUCUUCCGGGUGACAACGGCCCGCAAGGCAUUUGUUCCAGGGCCAUUUCAUCUUGGCAGGUAUGGGGUCGUCGUUGGCUGGGCAGCCGUCCUAUGGGUGGCCUUCGUCACCGUGCUCUUCUCCCUGCCGGUGGCGUACCCAAUAGUUAAGGACAAUUUCAACUACACUCCGGUGGCCGUCGGCGGGGUGCUGCUGCUCACCAUCCUUGCAUGGGUGUUCCAUGCUCGGUUCUGGUUCAGGGGACCCAUCAUAAACAUAAAUGUUGAUACAUAGUAGAAUCCUGGAUCUUGUAAGCUUAACUGCACAUGAAGCUGAAUUAUCAUUUACCAAAUUUUAUUGUAUAUGAAGGUUCCCAAGGUAGGUUCAUAUAUCUGGAAAGGUCGGCGCAACAGCUACAGUUCUUAUACACAUAUCAUUAGUAGGGUACUCAGUGUUUCUAUGUAAUUAGAACUAUGGCAGCCUAGUCUUGCGGCCUACUUAGGGCACGAGAGAUGGGGGUGAAUAUACAAAAGGCUAUCCCUA